CAAAUCUUUACAUUUAAUGAAACAGCUCAAACAACAAUUUAUUCUCAAAACUCAUCGUUCUAUAUUUUCUACUCAAAACUUUGUUACCUGUGAGUGAUUGCAAAGAAAGAAAUGUCAGGAAGAGGUAAGAAAGUAGCAAUAGGAAUCGACCUAGGAACAACCUAUUCUUGUGUUGCAGUGUGUAAGAAUGGAGAGAUAGAUAUAAUAGUGAACGACCUAGGGAAGAGAACAACACCUUCUUUUGUUGCAUUCAAAGACUCUGAAAGAAUGAUUGGUGAUGCUGCUUUCAAUAUAGCUGCUUCGAACCCAACAAACACUAUUUUCGAUGCAAAGAGGCUAAUUGGUCGGAAAUUUAGUGAUCCCAUAGUACAAAGUGAUGUGAAGUUGUGGCCAUUCAAAGUAAUUGGUGACCUGAAUGACAAACCCAUGAUUGUUGUUAACUAUAAUGACGAGGAAAAACAUUUUGCUGCUGAAGAAAUCUCAUCCAUGGUAUUGGUGAAAAUGCGCGAGAUAGCAGAAACCUUCCUUGGAUCAAUAGUGGAGGAUGUUGUUAUAACUGUGCCUGCAUACUUUAAUGACUCACAACGCCAGUCUACUCGAGAUGCGGGUGCUAUUGCUGGCCUCAAUGUUUUGCGAAUACUCAAUGAGCCUACUGCAGCUGCAAUUGCAUAUGGCCUUGACUUGAAACCAUUUAAUCAUGGAUGUAGAAAUGUUUUCAUUUUUGACUUAGGUGGUGGUACUUUGGACGUGUCUGUUCUCACAUUUGAGAAUGGUGAUAUCAAUGUUAAGGCCACUGGAGGAGACACUCACCUCGGGGGACAAGACUUUGAUAAUGCAAUGGUGAACCAUUUUGUGAAAGAGUUCUUGAGAAAACAUAAACUCGACAUUAGUGGAGAUCCAAGAGCCAUUAGGAGGCUGAAGACUGCUUGCGAGAGAGCAAAAUGUACACUUUCAUCCAAUAAUAAGACUGACAUCGAGAUAGAUUGUUUAUAUAAAGGUGAAGAUUUCUCCUCAGUGAUUAGUCGUGGAAUUUUCGACAAUCUCAGUAAGAGUCUUUUUGACCGGUGCAUGGAGAGUGUAGAAAAGUGUAUAGAAGAUAGUGGGAUAGUGAAGAGUAAAAUUCAUGAUGUUGUGCUUGUUGGCGGCUCUACCAGGAUUGUAAAAGUGCAACAACGUUUGAUUGAUUUCUUUGGAAUUAAUAAGGGUAGUGGGACGGAGUUAUGUAAAAGCAUCAAUGUAGAUGAGGCGGUUGCAUAUGGCGCUGCUGUCCAUGCUUUUAUAGCAAGUGGUGCGAUUUGUGAAAAGUUUCAAGAUUUGACAUUGAGGGAUGUCAAUCCUUUGUCCCUUGGAAUUAAUAUGAAAGGGGACCUCAUGGGCGUAAUAAUUCCUAGGAAUACCACGAUUCCUACCAAUAGGGAAAAGUCAUUCACCACAGCUGAAGACAACCUAAAAGUUAUUUCGAUUCAUGUUUAUGAGGGUGAGAGGCAAAUAACUAAGGACAACAACUUGCUAGGAGCUUUUGAGUUUGAAAUUCCUCCACGUCCAAAAGGUGUUCUACAUUUCGUGGUCAACUUCCAAAUUAACGAUGAUGGCAUCUUAGACGUCUCUGUUACGGAAAAAGCCUCGGGAAUUGAUAAAAGGUUUAAAAUAGUAAAUGACAAGGGAAGACUGUCACAGGAGGAAGUUGAUAGGAUGAUAAGAGAAGCUGACAAAUACAAAGAUGAAGACAUGAGGCAUAGGAAGAAGGUUGAAGCGAGAAAUGCACUAGAGAUGUACGCAUACAAUAUGAGGGAAUUCAUAAAUGAUCCGGAUAUUAGCUCGAAGAUUUCGUCAAAAGAAAAGGCAAACAUCAAUAACGCAACUGAUUUGGUCUUUAAGUGGCUUGACGUUAAUGUGGUUGCAGAACAACAAGAUUUUGAACAUUAUAGUAGCAUUCUUUCAAGUGUGUUUGAUCCAAUUGUUAUAAAGAUGAUAAAGGAUGAGGGACAUUGUGUGCAAGAAGGUACUAUGGUUGGACAUCCCGUGAACAAAAAAAAGAAUCGUUGGUUACCAUUAUUAGCCAAAUAUUGUUUCGAGACAGUGUAUGCAGCUACAACAGGUGACAUCACCGGAAUAGUUUCUUCUGUAAUGAUUGACUUUAUAAAAAGUUAAACCUUCAUUCAAAUUGUACCGUGAAAUUUCAAAUUUAAGUGACAAUGUCAGUGAUGAGGAUGUCACUUGUGUAAUUUUUUACCGUUAAAUUGUACCGUUAAACCAUCUUGUUGAAUCACUUAAGUGAUGACGAUGUCAGUUGUGUAA